GAAUGGUGGUUUCCCACAUAACAGCUGAAAGCGGUUUCAGAGGUUCUGUUUUCAGAUUUAUUUUAUCGGGGAAAAAAAGAGAAAAAUAGUCGAAUCAUGUAUGGUUUUGUCAACCACGCCUUAGAACUUCUGGUAUUAAGAAAUUUCGGGCCAGAUGUAUGGGAGGCUAUCAAGCGGGAGGCCCAGGUUGAUGUUGAAGGUCAAUUCCUGGUCAGAAUCAUCUAUGAAGAUGCCAAAACAUAUGACCUUGUGGCUGCUGCAAGCAAAGUUCUAAAGAUUGAAGCGGGUGACAUCCUGCAGAUGUUUGGGAAGAUGUUCUUCGAGUACUGUCAGGAGUCUGGCUAUGACACCAUCCUCAGAGUGCUGGGCUCCAAUGUCCGUGAGUUCCUUCAAAACCUGGAUGCCCUGCACGACCACUUGGGCACCAUUUACCCAGGCAUGCGCGCGCCCUCUUUCCGCUGCACGGACGCAGAGAAGGGCAACAACCUCAUCCUACACUACUAUUCCGAGAGGGAGGGGCUGCAGGACAUUGUCAUUGGCAUCAUCAAGACAGUCGCGCAGCAGAUCCAUGGGACAGAAAUCGAGAUGAAGGUUGUUCAGCAGAAAAGCGAGGAGUGUGACCACAUUAAGUUCCUGAUCGAGGAGAAAGAUUCUGAGGAGGAGGCGUUCUAUGAGGAUCUGGAUGGCUUCGAGGAGAACAGCACCCAGGAGACGCGCAUCAGCCCCUACACCUUCUGCAAGGCCUUCCCUUUCCACCUUAUGUUCGACAAGGAUCUUGUGCUCACCCAGUGCGGCAAUGCCAUCUUCAGGGUCCUGCCACAGCUCCAGCCUGGCAUGUGUAACCUGGCCUCUGUAUUUUCCCUGGUGCGGCCUCACAUUGAUUUCAGUUUCCAUGGCAUCCUUUCCCAUAUCAACACGGUGUUUGUGCUCCGGAGCAAGGAGGGCCUACUGAAUGUGGAGACGGCUGAGUGUGAGGACGAGCUGACAGGAGCAGAGGUUAGCUGCCUGCGGCUCAAAGGACAGAUGAUCUCGCUCCCCGAGACGGAGAACAUCCUCUUCCUCUGCUCACCGAGCGUGAUGAACCUGGACGAUCUGACACGCAGGGGUUUAUAUCUGAGUGACAUCCCACUGCAUGACGCCACACGUGACCUGGUGUUGCUGGGUGAGCAGUUCAGGGAGGAGUACAAGCUCACACAGGAGCUUGAGAUCCUCACCGACCGUCUGCAGCACACGCUCCGGGCCCUGGAGGACGAGAAGAAGAAGACUGACAGGUUGCUGUACUCAGUGCUGCCGCCGUCCGUGGCCAAUGAAUUGAGACACAAGCGACCUGUGCCUGCAAAACGCUACGACAACGUCACCAUCCUCUUCAGCGGUAUUGUGGGCUUCAAUGCCUUCUGCAGCAAGCAUGCGUCAGCGGAGGGAGCCAUAAAGAUUGUCAACCUCCUCAACGACAUCUACACCAAGUUCGACAUUCUUACCGAUUCCCGGAAGAACCCUUAUGUGUAUAAGGUGGAGACCGUUGGCGACAAAUACAUGACAGUGAGCGGUCUUCCUGAGCCUUGCAUCCACCACGCCAAGUCCAUCUGUCACCUGGCCCUGGACAUGAUGGAGAUGGCUGGACAGGUGAAGGUGGACGAGGAACCUGUGCAGAUUACUAUAGGGAUCCAUACUGGAGAGGUCGUGACAGGGGUCAUAGGUCAGCGAAUGCCCCGCUACUGCCUGUUUGGGAAUACGGUGAACCUAACGAGUCGCACAGAGACCACAGGCGAGAAGGGGAAGAUAAAUGUGUCUGAGUACACCUACAGGUGUCUGCAGUCGGCGGAGAACGCUGACCCCCAGUUCCAUCUGGAGUAUCGUGGGCCUGUGACCAUGAAGGGAAAAAAGGAGCCAAUGAAAGUGUGGUUCCUCUCACGGAAGAACCCAUAGACGCAAAUCAGCCAGGAGGCACCAUUUCCAUUCAAUUUUUCUCUAUUUAAGAUGAGCACUGCAGUAAUUCAUUCACAGUUCCACUGGAUUAUGAGCAUUACAAGCAAAAUGCUCCUCUCUGUAGUCACCUAUAGCAGCUUUUAGUUUUAGAAUCCUGUAUCUUCAGUUGAAAGCAAAUUAUUACAGGCGUCUAUGUGUUUUGGGAGUCACAUUUUUAAGAUUUUUCUUCUUCUUUUUCUUCCCAUUCUUUAAAAUAACAUGUCUAGCCAAGCCACUAAAUCUACUUUCUUUGUUUUUUUUGCAGGUUUUUGGCUAAUUUUAUUUGUUUCACACCCACUUAAUGUCCGAAUAAUUUUAGGUUUUUAUUGGUUUGUUUGUAUGUUUUGUUUUUACUAUGGGACCAUAUCACUCAACAAUGUUUAAAUCCUCAAAAGACUUUGCUGUUGUUUCGGUACAGUAUGGCCAACAUAUGCAAAUCAGUACCACUCAGUGCAGCCUCAUUGAUAAUGAAUAUAUAAAACUACACGUAGAAGCAAUUAUUUUGAUUUGACAAACGUCUACUAGUCAACAUUCUAAAGAAACAUGAUAAAUUUGGCUUUCACCUUUCAAAAUAUUAAGAAAUAUAAAAUCAUAGUCAGUGCAUGACUGUACACUGUGGCCACAUCAGACCUUUUAUAUUCCAUAUUGACAACAUAAGAAAAAAAAAACAGCUAAUUGUUGCUGAGUUUUCAUAUUCUCUAGCUCAAGAUGAUCAGAAACGUCAUCUGAAAGGGUACCCACCUUCCUUAAACUGUAUGUGAGACAGACUAUCAGACUGUCUUACUAAACUCUCAGAUAAAUACUUGUGCUGACAUGCCAGAUUGUAAUGGGUUUGAUUCACACAGGCUGAUAUAAAUUUGUACCUUUACAUUUGAGUUUACAUUUGAAUUUUAAUCUGACAUGUACAUGUUUUUCUGUACUUUCCAGGGACAAUGCCAUUUUUCAUCCACUGCAAACCCUCAUUCACCCCAACUGUAAUUAUUAUUAUUAUUAUUAUUAUUAUUAUUAUUAUUAUUAUUAUUAUUAUUAUUAUUAUUAUUAUUAUUAUUAUCAUUAUUUCUCUUUUGUGGAAGGGACCAAGAUAUGUCAAAAAACUAUUUACUUUUAUGUUUUUCUAUUUAACAGAAGAUAAAGUAGCAAAUAGAUUUUAAGUUUGAACAUAAUGAAUGCAAAAAUCAAUACUUGAAAGAGAAGGUUGGGGAGAGAGAGAGAAAGAAACUAACAUGAAAGUAUUCUCAAACUGUGGAAGGAUGCAUGUUACUGUAUUCAUUAAAUGACUACAUAAUUGCAUUUCUAAGAAAGAAAACUACACAAAAGGAGCUUCUGCUUUGAUCAGUGCAGAAGUCUGCAGCUGUUUUGUUUAUUACAUCAGUUAAUUUUUUUGUGGAGAUUUUAUCUGGCAUCUGUGAGCUUUGUGUAUGUGAGUUCACAAUUGAAAUUUAAAAAGGUACAAGUGCUGUUCAAUUUAUGUUAAAUAAUAUAUAUAUCUAAUGUUAUUACAUCUGCACAUUAUAGAAAGAAAUCCUUCAGCACUUAAGCAUAGACCUGGACUAAAUAUGAUAUUUUGCUAUUGCUGCUCACAUUCAAUUAAUAUAUAAGGAGUAUUUAUUUCUUUAGAGAGAACACACUGCAACAGUUUUUUCCCCCUAAAACUGUAGCUUUAUGCGCUAACAUAAUCGAGAAAUUUGAUCCCAAAAAUUUUAUUUCACAUUUUAUACUGUUUAUUUGCACAACAAGUUAUAUACUCUGUAUUUAAAAAAAAUAAAAUAAAACAUUUUUAAAAAGUAAA